AUGGCAAUGUAUUCGCCGAAGCUCUCAUCUGUCUCUCAUUAUGCGAAGUCAAAGGCUCUCAUCAUGCUUCCCCUUCUCCUCAUCCUCUGUUCCAUUACAAUACUCCUCUCCAAGCUCUGCUACUCCGUCCUCUACCUCCCACGGAGGACCCAGGCCCACUUCCUCCGGCAUGGCAUCUCCGGUCCCCGGUACCGCCCCGUGUUCGGCAACAGUGCCGAGAUCCGGCAGCUGUACGCCAAAGCCCAGUCGAGGGCGAUGCCCUGCUUCCACCAUAACAUCCUCCCCUGGGCGGCCCCCUUCUAUGCCCACUGGUCGGCCCAGUUCGGGAAGAGCUUCGUAUACUGGUUCGGGACGACGCCCAGGCUCGCGACGUCGGACCCGGAGAUGAUCAAGGAGGUGCUUGUGAAUCCGAGCGGGCUGUUCGGGAAGGUGCGUCACAAUCCCCAGGCGAAGAUGCUGUUCGGGGAGGGGCUGGCGGGGUUGGAAGGUGAGAAGUGGGCUGUGCAUAGGAGGAUAGCCAAUCAAGCUUUCAACUUGGAGAGAGUCAAGGGAUGGGUGCCGGAGAUAGUAGGGAGUACUCGAAAGAUGCUCAGCGGGUGGGAGGAAAUCCGAGGAGGGAGAGAGGAGUUCGAGAUGGAAGUGCAGAAAGAGUUGCAAGAGCUCUCCGGCGACGUCAUAUCAAGAACAGCCUUCGGGAGCAGCUACGAGGAAGGGAAACGGAUAUUCAUGCUUCAGGAGCAGCAGGUUCAUCUCUUCUCCCAGGCCGUAAGGAGCAUCUACAUUCCAGGAUUCAGGUUCUUUCCGACAAGUAAGAAUAGGGAGAGAUGGCGAUUGGAGAAGGAGACCCGAGACUCGAUCCGGAAUCUGAUCUGGAGCAACAGAGCGGCCACCGUAUCGGGAGAAGGUUCGAGAAACCUGCUCAGCCUCCUGAAGGCUCCGGGCAGGAGCCAGGAGGGGGACGACGGAGAAGAGGGAUUGGAGGAAGAGGAGAUCAUCGACGAGUGCAAGACCUUUUACUUCGCCGGGAAGGAGACCACCGCCACGCUCAUGACAUGGGCCCUCCUGCUGCUCGCAAAGCACCCGGAGUGGCAGAGAAAGGCGAGGGAGGAGGUGGUCCGUGUCUGCGGGGCGACAGCCGCUCCAACGGCAGACAAACUUAGCAACCUCAAGCUUGUGGGCAUGAUACUAAAUGAGGCCAUGAGAUUGUAUCCUCCGGCCGUGAUGCUGAUGAGGGAAGCCACGAAAGAUGCAAAGCUCGGGGACAAGCUCCAGGUCCCUGCAGGGACGCAGCUCUACUUAGCCUUAACUGCGGUACACCAUGACCCAGAGAUUUGGGGACCAGAUGCCAAUGAGUUCAACCCCCUGAGGUUUGCUGAGCCGAGGAAGCACCUGGCCUCGUUCGUCCCGUUCGGGCUGGGCCCGAGAAUUUGCGUGGGCCAGAACCUUGCCCUGGUCGAGGCCAAGGUUGUGCUGGCCAUGGUGAUCAGGGAGUACAUUCUUGAGGUUUCCCCUACCUAUGUCCAUGCCCCGGUCCUCUUCAUCACAUUGCAGCCUCAGCAUGGCGCCCACAUCAUCUUGAGGAGGACUAACUUGUAGGCAAGCUCGCUCCCGGACCGUGUCGUGAAAGAUAUCGAUGAGAGAGCAUCGUGUAUUGUUCUUUUCUUAAACUAAUUUCAAAAUGGAAUAUGUGCUGUGGUAUAACGUUGAGGAAUGAGGAUGAUCAUAGUUUCAAUUAGAAUGAGUAUGCUAUUGUUGGUCUAUGUAUCACUUAAAACAAUCGUAGCUUUUACGACUCGACUAUACAUAAUAAGAAGCGUGGCGUUCCAUCC